CAAAAGUAUCGAUGUCUUCGAUACUUUUUGUUGUACUUGUACAUUUUUCGCCAAAAAUAAUAAUAAAAGUGAAAAGUUAAUGUAUUUUUGUUGUACAAAUACAAAGAAAAUGUUGUUGAAUUGAUUGGCAAAUUCGCCAUAAAAACGGCCGUAAUAAAAUAGAAGUGCAAUACGUGGAAACGCUGGUAUUGCUAACAUGUUGAGCAUGUAAACAUGUAACAGAAGAAACAUUUGAAUGCGAAUUUUCUUGGUUGGGCUACGCUUAACGAACUAAUUAAUAUCAAAUGCUGAGUUUUUGCCUGAAAAAUGCAUCAUUACAGAACUGGUGCCGCAGGAAAUACACGCGCAUACCUAAGCCGCUUAUUAAACUAAACUAAAAGCAAAAAAUAUAUAUAGAAACGAAAAUCACUCAGCAAUAAGAUAUACUAUAAGCCCGCCCUGCCUGCCUGCCUGACUGCCUGACUGCCUGUCUGUCUGCCUGCCUGACUGCCAGCUUGAAGAGAGAAAUGUUAAAGUCUAGCACAAACCCACAGGAAUUGCGUCUGCCACGGCCCGAGGAACACCAUCAGCCACAUCCGCACACGCAACAGGGACAGCCGACGCAUCAAGUGGCCGCCGUGAUAGCCAACAACAUAACGUCUGCAGCAGCCGCAGCCGCCGCCGCAGCCGCAGCAGCAGCAGCAGCAGGAGGAUCAGCAGUCCCCACCAGCCACAGCAUGGACACGCUUAAGACAACAUUUCUGCCCAAUCUCAGCAUGGAUCCGAAUGUCAUCAGUCCGCACUACUGCCCCAUGUGCCAUCAGCAGUUCGAGCGCAUCCAGCAUGCCGCGGAGCAUAUGCAGCUCUGCCAUGGCAUCUCACUCAAUGCCCAGAGUGCUCUCAUCGAACAGCAGCAGCAUCAGCAGCAGCAGCAACAGCAACAACAACAGCAGCAGCAGCAGCAGCAGCAAUUGAAACCGCUAAGCUAUGCGUGUCCCAACUGUGAUGAUAAGUUUGCCAGCGCGCUGGAGGUGGAUGAGCACCAUCGGCUGACGCAUCAGACGGCAUUUUUGGCGCGCUGCAUUGUGUGUAGCGUUUAUGGCGUCAAUUCUGUAACGCAGAAUCCCAACGAAUACAAAUGCUCGCACUGCGGCAACGUAUUCAAUGCGGCCAUGCUGACGACUGGACAGCAAGCGUUUAUGGAUCAUCAGGAGGCGCCGGUGACGCCUGACGAAAUGCCAGCCAUAGCGCCGCGUGAUAUGAGACUGACGCCCGAAGAGCAGCAACACCAGCAGCAGCAGCAACAACAACAGCAACAACAACAACAGCAGCAGCAGCAGCAGCAGCAACAACAACAGCAGCAGCAGCAAGUCCAGCACCACCAGCAGGAUCACCAUCACCAGCAACUCGAACAACAACAACAGCAGGAGCAACAACGACAACGUGAACUCCAGGAGCAACAGCAUCAGGAAGACUUGAGCGAUCCGUCAACACAAAAAGUGCCGCCCCUAACAGUGAAACUGCUUAAGAACGGCACAGGAGCAACAGUAGCACAUCCGCAGGUCAUCAUUAAGGAGGAACCACUUAGUUUGAGCGAUAGCGGUGAUGUAGUCAAUUCAGUGCCUGUCUAUGCCAUACAAGCGAAUCCUGGAGUACAGCCGGCGGGCACAACAGGCGCCGCCACCAGCGUAUUGGUUAGCACGCAAUCGGUGCCCGCGGAUCUGGCGCACAAGAUCCGACAUAAAUGUCCCGAUUGCCCCAAAACAUUUAAGACGCCCGGCACACUGAACAUGCACCGCAAAAUACACACGGGCGAAGCAGACGCCACGCCCAAAGAACGCCCCUACACGUGCUCCUACUGCGGCAAGUCCUUCACUCAAUCGAAUACACUAAAACAGCACACUCGCAUACAUACAGGUGAGAAACCAUUUAGAUGUGGCUUUUGUGGCAGGGCGUUCACUGUUAAGGAUUACCUGAACAAACAUUUAACGACUCACACGGGUGAAAAACCAUUUCAUUGUGGCUACUGUGAGAAGUCCUUCAGCGUGAAGGACUAUCUCACGAAACACAUACGCACACACACCGGCGAAAAGCCGUACACCUGUCCGUACUGUGACAAACGAUUCACGCAACGCAGCGCACUCACCGUGCACACGACAAAGCUGCAUCCGCUCUAGGAUAGGCCCAGCGGUGGCCGGACCAUAGUUGACCCAAAGAAACCCACACAGCAUGUGAAUGUGGCCUAAAAACAAAAACAAAA